AUGGAGUGGGAGAAGCAGCAACCGCCUCCGCCGCCGCCGCCGCCGCCGACGGAGGAUUUGGGAGGCGCAGGGAUGUUUGUGAAAGUAAUGACCGACGAGCAAAUGGAAGUCCUGCGCAAGCAAAUCGCCGUCUAUGCCACCAUUUGUGACCAGCUCGUCGAAUUGCACAAAUCCGUCGCUUCUCAACACGAUCUUGCUGGAGCCAGGCUGGGAAACCUGUAUUGUGACCCUUUAGUGACAUGUGCAGGCCACAAACUCACUGGCAGACAGCGAUGGACUCCAACGCCUUUGCAGCUUCAGACUCUGGAGCGAAUAUUUGAUCAAGGCAAUGGCACUCCGACCAAGCAGAAGAUCAAAGAGAUAACUGACGAGUUGUCCCGCCAUGGACAGAUCUCGGAAACAAAUGUUUACAACUGGUUCCAAAAUAGGCGUGCUCGAUCAAAGAGGAAGCAGCAAGUUGUAUCCACGAAUAAUAUUGAAUCAGAAGUGGAGACGGAGGUCGAGUCACAGGAUGAUAAGGUUACGACAAAGCCAGAGGAUUUGCAAUCUUCUCACAUCCCAACUUCGAGGUCUGAAGAUGUCUGCUAUCAGAACUCUGAGGUCAGUUCUGCCAUGCAUUCCGUUGGUACAAAAACCAAUAAAGCCGAGUCUGCAUUUGCUUCAGAGAGUACUUCAAAACCCGCAGGGAGUUUCGAUCAAAUGUCCUUCUAUGGCUUGUCAAACCCAAGAAUGGAUCAGUUGAUUGGAAAGAUGGAAGUUUUUGAGAGCUAUACUCCUUAUCUGGAAGCAGAGGAGUACAAUUUGACAGGCUAAUUGCAGUUUUGCAGGAGCCAUUGUUGCCCAACACAGAGAAGCCAGAUUGAUCUGAGGAAUGGAAUCAGACUAAGUUGAGCUAACCAUUUUGGUUUUCUCAUGGAAAUAUAUAUGCCAUAUUGCCAUAUACGUAUAUGUUGAAUAAAAGAAUUUUAACUAGUAUUAUUAUUUGAAUUUGGUAAAAGUAGCUUGACAUAUAUAUAUAUAUAGCAAAUUGCAUUCUGUGAAUUCGUUUGUCUACCCUUCCGCUUUUUCAAGGCAUAUGCUUGUGACUGAUUUAGCGGUUUCAAUUUUGUCUCUGGAUUCCCACAAGUACUUUGUGAAAUAAAAACCAAACAACAUAUGAGGCAA